ACUCGGUAAGAGCAGCAACAUAAAAAAAUUAGUUGGGAAGGGCAGGAUAUGUGUCUGUUUUGCCUGGUCGUCGGAUUUAUUGCUUAUCAUCAAAAAUAAUUCAAAAUUAUAGUUAUGGAAAUUUUAAUUUUAGAAUAAUUUUACUGGACUAAUUCUAAAAUGAGUGAACAACAAGAAGCUCGAGAAUCAUGGGGUUUAAGUUUUUGGGAACAACAAUGUAUAGAUGAAACUGAAAAAACACCCGAUAUAGAUGUUGAAUUGCAAAAUGCGAAAGACUUAGCUGUUCAGAGACUGUGGGUAUUAUUUCAAGAUGCUGCUACAGGAAUUACACAAUUAUAUAAAGAUCGCCAAAAUGGUGUAUCUCUUUGGGUGCCUUUUCAAACAGCAGCCAGUAGUGUAACAAAUUUAUACAAAGAAUGUAUAGAAUCUCAUAAAUCAGUUUGUGACCUUGGUUUCCAAUCUGGAACUCAUAAACGAAAUAAAGAAUUGCUCUCAUGGGCCAAAAAAAGACAACGUCACAUCCGACGUGAAGACUUGAUAGCUUACAUCACUGGACGUACUCCUCCUGCAAACCGCCCUUUCUGUCCUAGGCCUCGCCUUGUCCUGGAUGGUAUGCAUAACUCCUCCCACCUGUCGCACAGUCAUCGAUUCUCCAAUUCAGAAGCUGCCAUGGCUGAUAAUUUUGAUAUGUUUAGAGAAGCCUUAGCCUUUUCAGCUGCUAAUAUAAGGCAACACAAUCCAAGCUCUCCAACUAGCCUUUCUAGAGUACGAGCUCGCCAUUGUAACUCUACCUCUACCUCCCACAAUGAACUCAGUGCAUUUAUUACUGAGGAGUUAUCCAGACACUCCAGAAAACGCUCUCCUUCCCUUGAUGUUAUAAUGGACUCGCCCACUCAUAAGCGUUCACGCUAUUAUGAAUAACAAAAAUUUAUUCAUUAAAUGUGUGGCUAUUGGAAUUGGUAUUUUCCCUUGCUAUGCAGAAAGUGCAGUGAUCAUCUUUAUUUAUGCAAAAGACAGCUUUAAGAGAUGGAACUUGAUUCCUCCCAAAUCUUAUUUUCUAUUAUGUUUGCCUUAUUAUAGAAAUGUGUAAUUUGUACUACAAAUGAUAUUUUAUAAUUAGUUAAUGCAAGCCAUUAUUGUGGUUUGUCGGACUUUGAAAUCCUUUCCAAAACUUGUUCCAGUGCUAGAAAUGAUGCAGAAAGAAACCGUUAUAAAUGCAACAUCACUGAAAACAAAAGUGCAGCUCUUCAUUGAUGAGGGAAGAUUGAUUGGAUAGACUAUUGGAUUUAUGCCUAAUUUCUAUGUGUAUGCUUUUGUAUGUGUUGGUAUUUUCUUUUGUUUUGUGAUGACACUAGCUGUCAUCUCCACCUGCCCCUUCCGUGGUUUCUGUUUUGACACAUUCUUUACUGUGAUGUCAUUGCACUGAUGGAAAAUAAUUCGAUUAUCUAUAAAAUUCAUUACAAAAUAUAUUAUUUAUAAAUUGAGUUAUUAUCUUUGUAAGCUUUGUUUACUUUAUUAUGUUCAUAAGUAUAUCUCUGGCCAUAAUUCUUUUUUCCUACAAGUCUUUUGGAAAUUGUUUUUUUUUUUAAAUACAGCUUUCUUGUUUAUGAAAAUGGAAGAUUUAAAAGGCUGGAAUUUUCAAAUAAUAAAAUAAUUUGUAAUUGAUUGCAGAAAUUAAAUUGUAGGUUUGUAGUAAAAUUAUUAAAAAUUUAGUACUAAAAAUAUUAUAUAAUGAAUGUAAUGUUGAAUUAAUUUUGAAAAUCUGUUCUGAAUUGUUUAACAAAGUGUAGUAUGUCAGCCUUUAUUCACUGGCAUUCUCUUUAUCAUCAGUUUUAUAGAAAGCAAUACAUAUUUUGUGAAUUCCAUAAAAAUUUCUAAGAAAACAAAUGCUGUAUAUGCUGAUGUUACGAUAGACAUUAUUAAAGUAAAAUGCAAGGAUAUUCUACUGUUUUGGAAGUAUUUCAUAAAUAUGUUUUAUAUGGUAAUGUUUAUAAUUUGAUUUUUUCAUGUUUUUUCAGUAUAAAAUGCUUUGUUUUAAUAUAAAAUUAGAAAAAAAGAAAUGAUGUAUUCAAAAUUUUUAUUUGCACAAUGCAAUGGAUAAUAACUUUGAUUUCUUUUUAUAUUCAUUCAUUUAAGAUUGCAAUUUGAUUACUUUUAAAUUAUAUGAAAUUAUUUUUUGUCAUAUGAUUAUUAAUAAUCUUUAUUAGAAUAAAAUCACUAAUGAUGUUUAAGUAUUAUUUCAGAUGUAAUUAUAUUAUGCGUUUAAAUUUUGAACUUAUUUAUUUACAAUUUCAAAUUAAUAUUAGAAAUGUGCAAUAAACAAAAUGGAAAUUGAUAUUAUGUAUAUAUAUAUAUUAUAUAUAAAGAUUUGUGGAUAAUUUGCAUUGAGUUAAAAAUCUGCAUUCUUCAGAAUAAUCUCUUUAUAGAAUAUUGGCUAUCAUAUUAUAGUUGUGUAUUUUCUGUAGGCAGUUCAAGGUCCCAUUUUCUACUGUGUUACUGAUACCAGACGACCUAUAACGAGGUAGGAAAUGUGACCUUGAACUGCCUACAGAAAAUACACAGACUAUAAAUCUUGUGGAUUUUAAAUGUUCUGUUUAUUUUUUAGGGAUAUGUCCAAUCAGAAUGAUUUUGACAUCAAAUCAAUUUAACAUGAUUAUGAAUGAAAUAAUUAAUAAAAUCUUUUAAAGAGCUUUUUUUUUUUCAUGCUGAUAAAGCUAUAAAAAAUGUCAUCAUUAAAAAAAUAGCCACAUAAAUUAAUUUGUUAAAUGGGUGCAUUAACAUAGCACAAAUUAAAUUCUGACAAAAUGAAUAUAUAUAUAUAUAUAUAUACUUUCCUAAUAAAAAAAAGUCAGUGUUUUGUGCUUCUUUGUUAUAAAAGUUUGCAAUUUGAUGGACCUACAUGAUAUUUGAAAAAGAAUUAUUUAAGUUAUAUUUGUGCUGCCCAUAUGAUUAAAAUUCUAAAAAUGAUGUUUGAAAUGACUGUUUGUGCUAAUUAUAUAGAUGACAUGUUUUUUUUUUAUUUUGGAGAGAUUAUUAAGAAUAAUUCUUCCGAUAUAGAGAGGAAUUUGAUUUGCUCUUAAACUUACUGUAUUGUUACUAUAUUUUUCUUUCAAUUAGAUAUUUUUAUAUUUGUUAUCAGUCAGAGUUUUAUCUUUUUAUCAGCCAAAUUAAAAAAGAAGAAAAACUAAAAUUUUAAUUUGGAUCAGUUUCGGGACGCUAUCUGUUCUUAGACAACUGAAAAUUUUGGAAAAUUGUAAUAUAUUUAUGGUAUUAUGUAUAUUUUAUUUUGAAUAUAUGAGUUAUGAUUUUUAACUUUUUAGAUAUUAACAUUAUAUUUAUAUUCAAAAAUGUCUGAAUCAAUUGUAGAUUUUAUGUAAUGAAAAUGGUGAACGUUAGAUGCCUUAAAUUAGAAUUCAAAAAAAAAUUUGUAGUAAAUAAAUUAAUUAAUAGUUGAACAUUUCUGAAUACCUGCCUCUGAGCCAUAAUUUUUUUUCUAAAGAUAUUCAUUUAACAUGCAUUUGUUAAAUGUAUUGCUUCAUUUGGUAUUCAGUUGAUGGUAUUUUCCACGUGUUUGCAAAAAUAUUAAUAUGUAUUAUUUAGUUUGCAGUUGAUGAUAAUUUAAGUAUUAAGUAUGAAACAUUUUUAUAUUAAUUGAAUUAAACUUUUUUUGGAUAAAUUUUUAUAUUGCUGUCAAAUUCUAUUAAUACAUCUUGAUUAUAGAUCAUAUUAAAUAUCAUAUUUAUGCUUGUUUUGAGAAUCCCGAUUUUACCCUGUUUUGAAGCAACACAAAUAUUAUUUGGAUGGAUUUCGUGAUUUUAGAUGGGUAAUCAGGGUGGCAUCAUUGCUGUUUCUACAUAGUAUUAAUAUCCAGUGAGGAUAUUUGCAUCCAUUUGUGGUAAAAAUUAAUUUUGCAGUUUGAGGCAAAAUUCAACUUAAGAUAUAUUAUUUUUGUUUAUAUUACAUCUGUUUUUUACUUUCCAUGCUAUUUAUUGCUUUCCUUUUAAAAAUAAAAUUAGUUAUACAAUUUUGUUUUCAUUUAAAAAAAGUACUGUAGAAAGCAGAUCACUAGAGAGAAUGCUUUCCUCCCCCUUCUCUCUCCCUCUCUCUUUUUUUUAAUGGAUGCUCAUGAGAAAGGAUGAUGGAACUUAUUCUAUUCGAAUUUCUUGAAUAAUGUCUACUUAAUACAAUUCUGUGUUGAAUAAUUAUUUCUCAACCAUUUCUUUCAUUAAUUUGUGCAUGUAAUUGAAUUAUUUUUAGUUGAUUUCAGUAUGUUAGCAGCUUUUUUAAAAAUAUAUAUUUGAAAUCCUUUUAAUGUAUUUAUAUAUUUGUUUUUCUCUCACUAAAAUCCAUUUUGAUAAAAAUAAGUAGCACUAAAAUAUUAUUCAAAAAGAGUAUCCAUUUUUGCAGUUUUUAUUCAGUUUCAUUUGUGAUUUGUUAUUGCUAUUUAGUCAGAUAUUAUCUAUAUUUGUUAUUUUUUGUAAAAAUAUUAAUAAUUUUAGAAGUUAAUGUGUUAGUCUAUUGUAAUACUAAGAAUAUAAUUGCAAGAUAAUCAAUUUUCAUUUAGAAAUUGUGAAUGCUUUUGAAACAAGAUAACACUACAUUGGGAAGAAGGAUAAUUUUUAUCUAAUUAUUGAUUUUAUCUUUGAUAUUAAAUUCCUUAUGUAGUUUCAAAAUAGGAUUCGACUAAAUUUGAAUGUCAGUGAAAUCAUUGGAAUUGUAUUUUUUAAGGCUAAAAUAUGUGAAAAUUUUUCCCAAAUUCAGAGUGCCUGAAUAAUUUUUAUUAAAAAGUGCAUUGUAGGAAAACUUGUAUAUAAUUUUUAUUUGAAUUAUUAAAGUUGAUAUCACACUCUUUUGUAUCAAUUAUAAAAGUUUUCUAUUUUUCAUUAUAAAGUUACAUAUGAAUUCCUAUUUCAAUAUGUAACUCAUUAUUUCUUUUCAAAUUUAGGUAGUGGAAUUAAACAGAUACAUUUGCCAUUCUCUAAUUGCUAUUUGAUUUUUUUUUUUGGGGGGGGGAGGCAAACUAACAAUUUUAUCCUAUUAUAUAUUUUUUCUUUGCUUACUAAUAAAUUUCAGCUAAAACAAAUGAAAUUAAUUUUAAUUUUCUGUACUAAACAAAUAAAUAUUGUGUCAAAAAAAUGUGCUUAAAUCUUAUAUUGAAUUUCCAUUUUUAAAACUGUUCAUGUUUUUAUAACACUGCAGCUGAUAAAUUUACCUACACAGUAAUGUAAUUUUUUUAAAUCAAGUUUUAAUAUGUGGUGGUAUUAUAUACAAAGUGGUUCUUUUAAACUUUGAUUUAAUAGUUGAACAGUAUGUAGCAAAUAGUGCCUUUCAAAAUGUUGCUGAAAAUAAACAAAAUUAUUAUCAUGUAAUUAUGACUAUUGUUAUAAUACAUGGAUGCCUUUUAUGUUAUGUUUAAUGUAAAGUUAAAAUUUAUUGAAGACUCUUGUUUUCUUUGCAUAUUCCCUAUUCAUGUGAAAAUGUUUUAAAAACUCCAUGAUAUUUUGUUAUCACUGCAAUUUUUCCUCUUUUAUUUGUUGCCCUUCUGCCUCUAUUAAUGCUAAGGUUUUUGCAAUUAUAGAAAAAGCAAAGCUAAAUGCUUAAAAAUAGUAUUUAAAUGUAAUAAAUCAAUCGAUCCAGAUAAUAAUUAAUCUAUAUACUAGCCAAGGCUUAUACAGAAUCCCCCCCCCCCGCGCUCAAUUCUUUAAUAUAUAUAUAAUUUCUUUUUUUUAUUAUUAUUUAAGUUGAAUUCCUUUUAUAUUGGAAAAAGGGCUAAAAAGAUUACUAUUUAAUCACACUGAUAAAAACAGUAGAAAGAUGCAAGAGAGCUUUUUAGCUAUUAAGAUAUAUAAUCUUCUUGUUCUUGAACAAGUGCUUGAGCUUGCUUGAAUAGAGAUUGCAGUUGCUACACUAGUAUAAUUUAAGGUUCAGAAAGCAUCUACAACUACUUUAGAUAUGAAAAUCAUCAUGGCCUCCCUCUUUUUUGAAUGUUUAAAUAUAAUUGCAUUUAAUAUUUUCAUUGUUUAUUCUAAAAUUGUGACAGCAUUAGUUAACAGCUGAUAUUGUUCUUAGAAUUUGCUUUGUAUAUGCAUACAACUAACUGGUGAAGAAAAGUAAAUAUUUUUGAUAUUCUCUUAGGUGAAAAAAAGAAUUUUUUUUAACAAUCUGUGUAAGGAAAAUAAUAGUCCAUAUUUAUUUCUCUCGAUUGGUUAGUGAAAUUUAUAUAGUUUUUUUGUAAAAUGAAAGUAUAAUUCUGUUAAAGCUCUAAAAUUUCAAUGUUCACUGAUAUUUUAUGUCAAAGAUAUAAUGGUGCAUUUUGUAUUGCUAUCUUAGAGGUUUGAAAUGAUGUUUUCUGUGCAUAGUAAUAUUCAUAAUUUUUUUUUAACAACUGAGAAAAUAGAAAUAAGUACUUUAUUUCCUAUACUUGAUGAUAGGAAAACAUAAAAUUUGAUAUUUUUCUGCAUAAACUAAAUUUUUAAUGUUUUUAUUAUUUAUGCAGUGAUUAAAAAGCAAGCAUAUUACUAAAUUGUUUUAAUUUAUUAUUGCAAAGUUUUGAAAACAUUUUUUUAAAUUGUGUAUAAAAUUUGCAAUGUUAAAAAAUCCUGAACCUUUUUAUAUUUUUAUUUUAAAAAUGGCAAUUUUUAAAAUUGUCUCUUAAGGACAUCAUUUCUUUUUCAUUACUGGUUAAAGGAAUUGUGUUGCAUGAGUAUGUACAUGUAUAUAUUUUUAUAAUUCAAUUUAUUUAAGAGAAAAAAAAUCAUGAUAUUUUUGGUAAAAGUAAUAAUGUUCCAUUUAAAAGACUAUAAAUGGAAAAUAUGUAUUCUUGUUUAUAAUGAUUAAAUUCUUCAAACAAAUCUCAUUGUUUUUCUUGAUCUAAUUUGUUAUCAAUAAUUUUCUCCAGUUGAAUGAAAAAUGGCAUUUGAAAUGAUUAUAAAAGAUGGCAGAAAAUAUGAUUAUGUAUAGAAACAUGAAGAAACUUAUGAAAAUGCAAAAGAUAAUCUUUGGUGGAAAUAAUGGAGGGGUGAGAAUCAAAUGCUGCAUAUCACUGGGGAAGAAGUUUCCUUUUAUUUAUAUAUUUUUUACUGGGCAGCAUUUUGUAAAUAGUCUUUUUUGUAAUGUAAUUUAAUACUGCUCUUGUGAUUGUAAAUUAUUUAAACUAUCAACUUUAUUUCAAUUCAUUUAUGGUUUUCUAUUUUUUAAAUUGCUGUAUAAUAAUGUGUAAAUUUUCUUAUAGUUAUAUCUUAUGUGAGUAAAUUUAUAAAUACUUGCCAAAUUAAUAAUAUUGUAUGGGCAAUCAAAUAAAGACAAAUGUAUAAAAUUGUUUCUUGUAUCAGAUUUUCUAUCACUACUGUAAUAUAUUAAGCAAAGUUUGAAUGGAAAAUUCAUUUUGCAGUUUUUUUGUGUGUAUAUUAUUUAAUCAAUCAAAAUAUUUUUGGACUCCUUUAAUUUGUGUCUUAUUUAAUUUAUACUUCUUUUUAUCGCUAGCGCAUUUUUGUCUUUAAUUAAUAAAAAUAUUUGUCUUGUAA